AUGCCGGCUCUGGUCUGGAUCCAUUUCGAGCCGAUCAGUGAUGUACAAGCUAAAUGUAAAUACUGUGGCGCGCUGUUGACAGUGAAUAAUGGAUCUACAAAGGGGCUCUGGACACACGUCAGUCGAAAGCACAAGGACGAGCACCUCAACUACAAUUAUGAGGCUGAUGAAGCGGUUGAGCAGAUGCAGGCAAUUGCUCAACAACCCAUCGUCCGCGGCGACGCCACAAGCCAUCCACAAGCCAAGGAAACGAAGCCGUCCGCAAACGAAAAGCGACAGUAUGUUUUGAACGUCCAGGAGGCAAUUAUCGGGUGUAGGAGCCGUGCUAAAAACAGCCCUCCAAAAGCGCAGCACAAUACAGCGACUCCAUUGGAUGAGAAAUUACAGCGAAACUUGACGGAGACGAUGUUGUUGGCAAAUGUUAAGCGGGAACUAAGUGAAUCGCCAAAGCUAACAAUAGCAACAGGACCUGAAGAAGAAGAGGAUCCGCCUCUGUUUCGGUCCAUUAAAAGGGAGAUUGUUUCUGACGACGAGGAGGAUGAGGCUUCUGGUUCUGAGAUCCGGCCGAUAAUUUUUAAUGGCAAGGGGAAGAAGCCUAAGAGUUAUCGUGAGGCUUUGCACGAGAUCUUCGAGAUUCCGGCAUACUUCGUUGUGCUCUACUUUUCCAGCGGCAAAAACCGCCAGUCCGAAAUGAGGUUCGGCUACAACAUUGCGCCGGAUAUGGAACACGUGGCCGGUGGAGAACCGGUGCCCUCGUUUAAUCUACCACCCCUUACGGAAGCUUUUCGAGCAACAGUCACGCGAGAUUACGAAAAAGCGAUUACCCUAGUAAGAGGCACAGUCAAAAGUGACCAUGCCUUCAAUGCAGAUGACCUUGAACUGCUAGACCAUGUUUUCGCCUGCGUUCUCAACACAAGUCACUACGAUGAAACGAUGAUUGAGGUAUGUUGGGAGUGGAUCGACGCCUUCGAGCGCCCACCCCGAUCUAUUGACCCUCGCGUCGUCUCCGCGCACACCAUUCAAAGUCAAAUCAACAAACAUGACAACACGCAAAAUGAGAGAUUUGAGGACAAGAAUCAGAUCGGCAAAGCAAUGAGUGUUGUG